CCGGCAGUAGUGCAGUGAUAAGACGUAUUACUACUCGCUGGGACCCGGCCCAGACAAUCUUUGCGCUUGUGUCCCGUGUGCUGGCGCCUGUGGGAGAAGGCGGGCUCCCUAUGACUAAUAGCAACGGGACACGGGGACUCGCUCUGCCCUUCAGCUCCCCAUAGCGACACCACAUAGUCCAUUCAACUGACUGGCUCUUACUCCACUCACUAGCGGCCGCUGCAGCCAAUGAGCAGCUACAUCCGCUAUUGUGACAGUGACUGGCGUGUUUAGCAACCAACCAGCUUGCGAGCUGCUCCAGGGUCAUGUGAGGCCAGUUGCACAGUGUCACAUGACUGUGACGGAGCUGGCAGUGAUGGCGGAAUGGGCUCUUGUCUGUGUCGUGUUCCUGGCGGGCCCCUUUCCUGCCGCCCCGUCCCAACAAGUGCCGGUGCUGCUGUGGUCUAGAGAGAGCUCCCUGUGGAAUCUCCAGACCGGCAUACACAAUGGACACAUCACUACAGAUAUCCAGCUUGGACAUUACCUUGAACCAGCUCUCAUGAAGGGACCCAAGAAUAUUCUGUUAUUCCUCCAGGAUAAGUUAAGUAUUGAAGAUUUCACAGCAUUUGGGGGUGUCUAUGGCAACAAACAAGACAGUGCAUUCCCUAACCUACAGAGCAUUGUGGAGUCAUCCCCUUCCUCCCUGGUUCUGCCUGCAGUGGAUUGGUACGCUGCUAACAUAUUGCCCACAUACCUGAAGGAGAAGCUUGGAGUCAGCCCCCUGCAUGUAGACCAGUCCACUCUCCUGGAGCUGAAGCUGAAUGAAAGCGUUCCCUCUCUGCUCGUUGUCCGGUUGCCUUAUGCAAGCAGUACUGGUUUGCUGGCAGCUAAAGAUGUUCUGAGAGCUAAUGACGAAGCAAUCGGACAAGUAGUGAGCACAUUAAAGUCGGAGGGCGUGUCCUAUACUGCUGUGCUGACUGCACUUCGGCCCUCACGGAUUAUGAAAGAAAGCUCCUUUGCUGUGGGGAACGUUGGGCGCCAGUUACUGGCCACUGCGCAGCCUACACCAGACUAUCCUCCCGUUGCCUUUAACAGUAGUCGGAACAGACCGUGCAUCCUGUUGUGGGCUACCAAUGUGUCUGUGACCGUGAAUGAGGUGCAGGUGGAUCUGACUAGCCGAACCUUUACUGGCAGCGACGUGAAUCUGGAUGGGUCUCUCUGUAACGACAUCAAUGCAGUAUUGGCGCUAACGUACCCAAAUGCAAUCAAGCAACAGCCCCUGACUUUACGGUUCUUCCUUAGCCAAAGCUUUUACCGUGUGUCUGGCCGCCCGUGGUUCACUCUGAAUCAAGUAGAGCUGAUCCAUGGUGGAAACGUAGCUGUUUUUCUUGCUCCACAAGUGAAUGCUCCCCACAACUACUCCUUCCACUGCCAGUACGUCAGUAGUUGGCCCACGUUUGGUUCUCUUCUUGUGAGCAACACCAGCAAGGAUUUGCCCUCCUUUAAAUGGCAGCUGCACAUGGCUGACUUCCAGAUCCAAGGUUUCAAUGUGACUGGGAUGGCAUUUUCAUACGCCAGUGACUGUGCGGCCUUCUUCUCCCCGGGCAUCUGGAUGGGGCUCAUCACCACCUUGCUCUUUGUCUUUAUCCUGACCUAUGGACUGCACAUGCUUAUGAGCCUGAAGACUAUGGAUCGAUUUGAUGAUCCCAAGGGCCCAAGCAUUGCUGUGCCCCACACAGAGUGAUUGGCCUAGGGCACAAGCAGUGAUUAAUGUAGGGCCCAUUUGUCUGAUGUGUGAGCAAUCAAGUACAGCAGUGAUUACAUGUACUGGCUAAUAAAUGGGGUCACAUUAGUAGGUGGCCCUACCCAGGAGGCCAUUGUGUUCUGGGCACACUUUCCUUCUGGAGCUCCUACUUUAUGCUCCUUGAUGGUUCUUCAGAUGUUCCCCCACUGAAUUGAUUGAUUCCUUUUUCUUUCUGUGCCCCCCUUAUGAAUUCAUUCCUGUGGACAUAGGUCAGUUGUAAUCCAUGAGAUGUACAUUUGUCCCUAGGUGUGUGUAUAUAUAUAUAUAUAUAUAUAGUAGCAGGCUAAUGGCUUGUAUUUAUUUCUCAUUGUCUCACAGGAAGGCCAGUGGCACCCGAGCUUGUUAUUAUUAUUAUUAUUAUUAUUAUUAUUAUUGUUACAUGGUACAGUCCAGCAAUGGCAAAUGCAUGUUGGAGUUGGUGUGUAACUCGUCAUGGUAAAACUCAAAGGCAAAUAAAGUGUUUCUGUUCUUUGUG